AUGACAAAUACACGAACCUUAAAAAAAGAUACAUGCCAUAAAUAUAAUAAUAUACCCUCUGAAAUUAUACUGAGUAUAUUAUCUCAGUUGGAUUCGAGUCAAGACUUACUUUGUUGUGCUCAAGUGUGCAAGUUAUGGAGUUAUUUUGCUGUAGAACUACUUUGGUAUAAACCGAACUUGGAUAGUCGAAAAGACCCUUCUACUUGGAAUUCAUUCUUUAGUAUUCUUCAAGCGGGAACAACUACUUUUCCUUAUGCUUCAUUUAUUCGACGCAUCAAUCUAUCUCCUCUUUCGUCCAUGAUAGAAGAUUUGCAUGUCAUGGCACUGCGGUAUUGCAAAAGAUUAGAAAGACUCACACUAGCAGGCUGCUCUAAACUCACGGAUAUUGGACUAUGCACACUCAUAGAUGAAAUUGGUACCAUGUUGAUCUCGAUUGAUUUUAGCGAUGUAAAUCAAAUCACGGACAAGACGAUAUUCAAGACAGCUUCUUGUUGUCCUAAUCUACAAGGAAUCAACUUGAGUAUGUCUAGGCCGCAGACAGGCAUUACAGACUCAAGUAUGACAGCCUUAGCUCGUCAAUGCGUCCAUCUAAAAAGGGUCAAACUAAGCAAAUGCAUCAAUAUCACCAGUGAAUCAGUCACAUCACUCUCGCAGUAUUGUUCUCGGCUGUUUGAGAUUGAUUUGACCAACUGCAAUAUAGAUGAUUUGGUCUUGAUCUCCCUUUUCGACUCUAGUCAAGAGUUGCGAGAAUUGCGACUAGGACAACCAGAGAUAGCAGAAACAAAAAUCACAGAAAGAGCCUUUAUGGAGGCUAAUAUCACCCAGGAAAACUGCUAUCAACAAUUACGAUUUGUGGAUUUGACGAAUAUUUCAAGCAUCAAUGAUCAAUUUAUCAGCACACUUGUAAAUGCUGCACCUAGAAUACGCAGCCUUGUGCUGAAUAAAUGCCCUCGAAUCACGGAUGAAGGUGCCUUGUCUAUAGCCAAACUGGGUCGAUUUCUUCGUUUUCUUCAUCUAGGCCAUUGUUCUCGUUUGACAGAUAGAUCAAUUGCAUCAUUGGCCAUGGAAUGCAAUCGAAUUCGAUACCUUGAUUUGGCUUGCUGUACUCAAGUGACAGAUGCAUCCAUUAUUCAGAUUGCUAAAAACCUAUCUAAAUUGAAGCGUAUUGGACUUGUCAAAUGUGGAAAUCUGACCGAUCUUUCUUUAGAGGCUUUGGUGCAUUAUCAUGCAGCUAAUUAUAACUGUUUAGAGCGUGUCCAUUUAAGUUACUGCAUCCAAUUAAGCACAAAAGGAGUGGCUAAACUAUUAAAUGUCUGUCACCAAUUAAAUCACCUUAGUUUGACCAAUGUACCUGCAUUUCUUAGAGAAGAUUUGCAAGCCUAUUGUCGCACACCCCCUAAAGCAUUGACCGACACUCAAAGACGUGUCUUUUGUGUCUAUAGUGGCAAGAAUAUACAAGAUUUGAGUAGCCAUCUUAAUUUAUUGUAUUCACAUGAUAUGACAGUGUUAUUUCCUCUUCAAUAUCCAUUAGAAAUAAUGCAAGAAGAAAGUAUUACAUAAUAAAGGAAUUUGUUUUUUUUUAGUCCCAAA